AUACACACAUACACACACACACACACACACACACACACAUACGCGUGCGCGCGCACAAAGAGCCGCGCUGUCACGUGACCGCACAAUUCAAGAUGGAGACGGGGCGACUGGGAAGCUCCACUGUUAGCUAGUUAGCUAGUUAGCUUGUGAAGUUGAAACCACAGAAUGGCGAAGACGACCUAACUUUGAGACGUGCGCGCGUGUGUGUGUGUGUGUGUGCGCGCGUGGCAGCCUUCGACCACGAUGAAGUAGAAACUGUGUUUUUUUUUUGCCAACACACGCCACCUGAAGAAUAUUGAAGAUAAAGCGGGAGGAGGAAGUACUGUCAAUGAUCAGCAUCAUAACAAACCCAUUUUGACAGAGAAGGGGAUCGAUAUGGCGCUGCGGGAGCUGAAAGUGUGUCUCCUGGGGGAUACUGGCGUCGGGAAGUCGAGUAUUGUUUGGAGAUUCGUGGAGGACAGCUUUGACCCAAACAUUAACCCAACAAUUGGGGCCUCAUUCAUGACCAAGACGGUGCAAUACCAAAAUGAACUACACAAGUUCCUGAUCUGGGACACGGCAGGACAGGAGCGGUUCCGUGCUCUGGCUCCAAUGUACUACAGAGGUUCUGCAGCAGCCAUCAUUGUUUAUGACAUCACAAAAGAGGACUCCUUCCAAACACUGAAGAACUGGGUGAAGGAGCUGCGGCAGCAUGGUCCUCCAAACAUAGUCGUUGCCAUCGCUGGCAACAAAUGUGACCUGUCAGAUGCCAGGGAAGUGCCAGAGAAAGAUGCCAAGGACUAUGCUGACUCCAUCCAUGCCAUCUUUGUAGAAACCAGCGCCAAGAAUGCCAUUAACAUCAAUGAGGUGUUUAUAGAGAUAAGUAGGCGCAUCCCCGUUGCAGACGCUGCAGGAGGAACUUCAGGAAAAGCUUUCAAACUGGGACGUCAGCCCUCAGAGUCUCGCAGGACGUGCUGCUGAUGAUGCCGGUGACUGUCCCCACAUGACCUUAUGACCUGACCUUUGCUUGCUCUCUGUGUCCCCGACCUUCUUCAGCUUAUGGCUCCACAUGUCCUCAGACACCCCUGCCGCCAGGUGCAGCAGUGUCAGUGCAUUUUUACAGCACUUAGGGACGGCAAAUCACCAUGUAGCGUCUGUAAGUUGCUGGCAGGAGAAAUACUUCUUGUUUACAGAGCACAGACAAAAAUGGCUGUAUGAAUACCUUCAUGUGACAGUGAAAGACCCCACCCCACUUGCCCCAUACAUGCAAUUUUUCUGGCUUCUAUAAUGGACACCGGUCUCUCUGUGGUUGUGUUGUAGUCCCAUGUUGAUCAGAGGAACUUAUAGCUACAGAUUCAUGAGAUUCAUUCAUUGUAAAUUUGUACAAAUCUAUUAUCUUUCAACAACAAAAAAAUAAUUGACAAUGGUUAAAUCUCAACAAAUUAUUUUGAUAAUGCUUAAGUUAUUGAGUUUAGUUUUUUGGAGGGAGACCUUUCCCCCAACGGUCUCAACUUCGUGGAGGAUCCAUCUUUAUAAUUCAUGUUUAUAAUCAAUAAUUUAUCUUAUUUGACAGAAGAGAUUAUCAGUGUUUGUACCAAUCUCUCAUCUUAAUUUGCUUGAAGGAUAAACUUAAGAAGGAUGGUGCAUGCUUGAUUUAAAUUUUAUAUUUGGUUGUUGUUUUUUUUCAUACAAACCACAAUCACACUGUCAGAUAUGCAGAAAUGAAAGGUGUGUGGAAGCCUUCUUCCUUUACAAUGAAGGAAUAGUUCAACAUUUUACCAAGACCAUUCAUUCGUGUUCAUGCCAAGCGUGGGAUAAGAAUAUUGACGCGUCACUUAUGUCUGUAUGGUGAAUAUGAGCCCGGAGCCAGCAGCUGGUUAGCAUAGCACAACUUUAAGACUAAGCCUAGCUUGCGGCCUUCCUCCCUUUCUAGUCUUUAUGCUAAGCUAAGCUAACCAGCUGCUGGUAAUUACCUUUACAUUAAAUGCUUGGAUGUCAUCUAACUCUCCACAAAGAGAAGAAGCAUUAUUAUCCAUACUUGUCCUUUAACUCUAAACUUUGGUUGUCCUCUCUCUUUGGCAUGAUAUUUUGUUCAUCACUUGCCCCCCUGGAUGAUGAGACUGGCUUGCAACCGUUGUAAAAUUUCAUCUCUGUGAUGAGAAGAACCAUAGACUGUAUAUCGUGAACCUAACAGUCGACAUAUCCCAAUGACAGUGCUUUAAUCAGGGCAGAAAUUGCUGACUCCGUUGGUUGUGUUGAAGUUGAUUAUAUGAGAACAGUUCCAGCUGCUCACAUGUGUUCCACAUUUCCUCUGGUAAUUGCUGAAGAUCCAUGAGCAGACUUGUGUAUAGGAUGAACCCCAUCGUACACAGCGGUAUCCGGCCAGUUGCUUCCAAAUAUUCCUCAAACCUCAUUUUCCUCAGAUCGCAUUUUAAUGGUUCACUCGUGAGCCCGUCUAUCUUUAGUCUUUGCUGCUACUUAACAGCAAUUUUACAAGAGAGGCCAGUUUUUGUGAGGUAUUGCCAAAUUCUUUAAUUGUGCAAUAAAUAUCGCCCAACUCCCCCGCCCCCCCAGUCCCCAGGCUCACACUUCCAAAGUUGUUUUACUACCUGGCCUAUGAUGAAAACUAUGAGAUCUGGAAACUAGACCUGGUUCAGAGGAAACUCAGAUUUUAGAGCUUAAAUCUCCCUUCAGCAGAAGUUUAUAGUUGGAGAAUCAGAUAUAACACCGCGUUGACAUGCUGACCCCUUAAUGAACCUUUGUUUCCAUUCUGCUCUGAAUUACUGUGUGCUUGGUUCCAUCAUCUCCUUUCUGACUUUCCUUUCUCUCACUUUACCAACUCUCACUGUCGGGCAAGAUUUAAAUUAUAUUACAGUAUGUUACAUCAUUCCCAGAUUCCAAUCAUCAGCUUUUAAUUAAAAAUGAAUUCUUUAUUAAUCUUUAUGCUAUGUUACAAAGUAAAUCUCAUUUACCUCUAAUAUUGGCUUAAAUUAACUUAAGUAGCUGUUGACCCAUGAGCCCAAACUGACUUAUUAAUUCUGUGUAAUUUCAUGCUUGCCACGAUCUCAUGAGCCCUUUAGCCCCAAAAACCUCUUUUCGAUUUGCCAAAAAAUACAGAUGUGGUCUAAUUAGACGGCAUUUGCACAUUUCUAAAUAGGAAUUUUGUGCGUUUCUGUCAGUGCGAGGAACUUGAUUUGCCUUUAAGCAUCUUAAAUGUAGCUGUUACUGAUGAGUUCUGUGCUGAGCAGUGCUGCUUGUUUUUCAGAAUUUUUCCUGUGGAGUGCAAUAGUUGUUAUUAUGACAAAGGUAAAAUGUGACCUAAUCCAAGGAACCAGUUACAGAGUGAUGUGUUCACACAGCAAACCAAACACUUGUGCUAACUGUCUCCCAACAGGAUUGUGACACGUUUAUAUUGAAAUCAUUUUAUGCUUAUUUGGUGACAGUUUUGCUCAUACACACUGAGCAGAACCAAAUCCCUUGAGCGACAAAACCAAAACUUUUAAUUCAGUCGGCUGUCUUUAACAAUUCACCCAGCAUUGCACCGUAAUGUUAUCUCUAGCUAGUAUUUACUAAAGCUUCAGCAAUCACAUUACAAAGGGAAUCACUCUGGUACUUUGAAAGUUGCACUUUUGACUGACCGACUGUAUUAAUUGGCCCUUAUUACUAACCAACACUCUGCCUGCAGUCUGUUUAUAUCUCUGUGAAUUCACUUUGUGUAAAAUUCUUGCAAGGUUGUCAGACUUUCUUAAUAUCCCUUAAUGUUAUUUUAGGAUUUGAUUGUUUGCUCACAGUUCUUAUUGCAAUGAAGAUGCUGGUGCCAAAUAAUGUCAAAAACGUUUUACUUCAUCAUGCAUAAUUAACCAUUUUUUUAAUGUUGAUGUCAUAUACUGAUUGAAAGUACUAACCACAUAGAUACAUAAAUGCUUAUGAAAAUAUUUGAAGUUUAAUAAUUAUGGCAUGUUUUUCCCUUAUUUGGAAACAGGAGGCGUCAAUAGUGUUUGCCAAUUUUGCAUUGAAAAAUACCAUUAGUCUUGGGCUGGCCCUGGGAAUGUGAUUAAUCUGUAUUCUGUAUAUUUUUCAGUGUAGAUAAAUACCAUCAAUUUUCACACAAAUCAAUGACUCUAUUCUAUUGCAGGCCAGUUUUGUGACCACAAUAGACUUAUUCACCAUUUGCAGUACCCCCAUCAGAACUGUUGUUUCAUAUUGAUUGUAACAAAAUACCUGAAAACAUUUGUUAGCGGUGUAUUUCCAAAUGUGUAAAAAGGGAAUUGUCAAUUGUUUACUAAUAAAAGAUUGACAAAAAUA